GGCUGCGCUCUCUUCCUUUGCUUGUUUUCCAGAUCUGCUCGGUGGUCCCCCCGGAGAUUCUUCUUGCUUCACAAGUAGCUGUUGGCUAUUUUUCUUUCACACUUUAUUCACAAAACACUGUCUUGCUCAUGUCCGGUCUGUCCGGCUUGUGUCCAGUGGCUCCCACUGCCGAACAACCUUCCCUUGCCAAAAUCAUCUCCAUGGCUCAUAACCGAGAAGAACAGUCCAUGCCAACCGGAUCUACUCCCAUGGCCUGUCCAAAGGCCAUUCAUUGCUUGAGAUCACCUCCACCAGAUUUGGUUAAACUCUUCCAAGACCAAAAUCUUCAAGAUGAUAUGAAUAGGAUACUCCAAAAACAAAAGCCAUGCCAUUCAAACCAAACUUUUGUUCCGCACAAAAAAUCUCAAAUUUUGGGCCCUUAUUUUGUGUCUCAUCCGCCGGCCUCUCUUGCCUCCAUUUACCCACAGCCCAAAGAACAUCUUCUCCCCUUCCAGGUAAAACCUGACUGGAAUAAAUGGAUUGGCUCAUUUGGUGCUUGGCCGGUUUGGAGAAAAUCAGAAUGGACUGAUUGGAUAAACCGCCUGAACCUGCUUUUGGUCAAAUUUGGAGGGAUGCAGGCUUGUUUGAAUUUAUACAACUCACCAAAUGCAGAUUCACCAUGGACAAGCCGCUCGUUAACCGGAUUGCCCUGUACUGGAGAAGAAAUUUCAGCAUUGUUAACCCUGCCUCCAAGCGUUGAGUACAAUGCGGAGUUGAAGCCCUCUUAUCCAGCUUUCGUGAGGUCUGCCUAUGAUAAAAGUCCCACUAAAGAGUUCAUUCCCUUAGCCGUUGCUUUAGCACAUGGCAAACAAAUGGCUCUGGGUCCUUUUUUGCUUGCUCAUUUAUACAGGAGUUGCCAAGAUAUCACGGCUCACCCCUUAGUCAUUAGUGGUGGGCCGCUUUGGGUUUUGCAGUUGUGGUUGUAUUCUUAUUUUCCAGCCCUAGCUCUUGUCUCAUCCGCUGUUCCAGCCCGGGAUCUACUCACCUACGGCUUCAUAUUCAAGAAUGCCGUGGAGAACAAGAGGAGCUUUGAGGAGUGCCUCAAGUUUUUUGCUUUUCUGUCUGUUGAACGACCCGAUGUAGACUUUGUUGUGUUUCUUGGCAGAUCUCACGGUCCUUCAUGGUACAGGGCCGAUGUCAGAUCCCCAGAUUUCAGAGCAUCUUGCCCAGACAAAGAGAAUACCCCUACACCUGUAGCUUCUCCUGCUAGGCAUGUUCAUGUUGAUGACAUUGAGGUUGUUUUACUUGUUGCUGCUGAUGUGCCCAUGAUUGAUGAUGAUUUGGAGAAUGAACUCCUUGCCCAGCUGGACAUGUUGAUGGAUACUCCGGCUAAAUCUGGAUCUGCCACAGAUAGUCAAGGGAAGGCAGUUGCUGAAGAAGUGAAUUUUGAUAUCAACCUUCCUACUCAGGAGCAGAUUAGUUUUGCGAUUAUGACCAUGCAAGAGCUCCUUGGUGGUGAUCCUUCCUAUUUCUGCAAAGUGCCGGACCAGCCAGCCGCCUUUGAAGCGGCUCAAAUCCUUAGCCGAGCCCCACAAUUAUCAUCAACUCAACAAAAAUUUUGGGCAGAUUUCACCUCCAUUUAUACGCACUUCAGCAAGAGACUCUGGGUGCUUGAAAGCAAAGUAGUGGCUGCAGAUUCUGUCAAGAAGUCUGUAGCGGAUAGCACUGCCGUUGUCUUGAAGAAGAAAGAAGAAUUCUUGGCAGCAAAGGAGGCUCAUAUCAUGCAAGUUACACAUGUCCAAGGCCAAAAAGAAGAAAUCUCUAACCUUGAAGCCAAGCUUUCAGAGUUAAGAAACCAAGUUCCUCUUGCGGAGCAAAGUGAGAAAAAUCUGGCAGAACAAAGAAACAAACUCCACAUGGACAUUCCACCGACUCAUUUCUUUGAGAAAAUUGGUGACCAAGCUUGGGAUUUUGUCUUUCUUUUCUUGUUCUUGAACCCAGAAAUCCCCUCCCUCUGUGCUGGAAAUUCCAGAUCUGCUCUGCUCUGUCUGCCCCGCUGGCUGCUCUUGAUUGUGGGUGAUUUCUGGGCAUAUUUUCUGAUUUCCCGUGAGCUUCCCCUUGAAUUUUCUGCAGAGUGCCGCCGGCCUCUUCCCCCCUGCAGCUCCGGUUCUUGCUGGAAAAUUCUGGUUCCCGAUCGUUCUGUCAGUUAGCACUGAGAUUGAGUGCUCGGUUUUAUGCGAGUGAGGUAAGUAAAUCAUGGUAAAGCCCUUCGAUUUUAAAGCAUGUUUUCAAUUGUUUUUGAGAUGGUGGCAAGGUUUAAAUUGAUUUUAAAUUGAUUUUAUCAGUAUUUGAGUGUGAUUAAACUGAAAUGGAAAUC